AUGACGGAACAAUGUCCACUUACGUGCAAUCGUUGCCCGGGUACCAGUUAUAGACCGGUGAUUCCAUGGCAAGCUUGUUUUGAUCGAUAUGGAGCAGAUGGUACUUCAAAUUGCGCUGCCGUUGCAUAUUUAUGCGAAAAUCCUUUAUACCAUCGUCUUAUGCAGGAGCAAUGUCCACGAACUUGUAAAUACUGCUAA